UGAAUUUUCUCUUGAGGUGAACUGACUGACACCGGACCAGACGCGGGGCAGCCAAUAGAAGUGGGCUACUUUAGACUCAUCAUAGGACCAGACUCGCUGAAGAUUAGACUGUGAAGCUCACCGACUAAAUGCUCUCCUCCAUCUCGGUCACGUGACAAAUAAAUACAGUAGGAUCGGUCACUAUGGCGGUGAUCUGACUGACUCACGAACUCGGCAUCACUGCACGAGCUAUUAUUUGGCAUCCCCUGUCUUCGCCGAGGAUCGUUCCUCCCGUCCAUCCUCCUCUCGCAGGCAGGCGGUGUUCGGACGUGAUGGCAGAACAUGGAGUGGAUCUUUCUGCCUUGCCCAAAGAGAUCCGCGAACAUCUGGCGGAACUAGACCUAGAGCUAUCAGAGGGUGACAUCACUCAGAAGGGCUAUGAGAAGAAACGGGCAAAACUCCUCGCUCCGUUCCUCGUGCAAUCUCCAGUUGUGCCUGCUAAGAGUCCAGGGAGGACCACUGCCUCCACUCCCUCCUCCUCUGGCUCGUCCACCCGCCAUCGACGAACUCCGCACCCACGCCACGGCGGAGGCACCAGAGAUGAUCGCUACAGAUCAGACAUCCACACAGAGGCCGUGCAGGCUGCUCUGGCGAAGCACGAGGACGAGGAAGAGAAGCUGGCUCCCCCCAUGCCCACCAAACGCCGCUCCACAUACAUGCCGUCUCCUGCCAAGGCACAGACCCCACCAGACUCGUCAUCCUCAUCGGAGGAAGAUGACGAUGACGAGGACAGCGGAGAUAUCCUGUCUCCAGACUCGGCACCGGACGGCGCCGCCCAGGGCUCCUCGUCUACCUCGUCCUCCUCGGCCUCGUCCACCCUCUCGUCCGACCAGUGCAGCCAGACACAGCUGCAGACGCACACACACUCGCACUCGCACUCGCACAUGGCUGGGCCCAGCACGCACACACACGCCCAGCCGCCUCUGCCUCCGCCACCACCUCACUCACAGUCCCAUCCCGUGGCUCUCACCGAGACGCUGGGACACGUCCGCAUCGACCUGGGUGCUGUAGGCCAGCGCAUGUCCCGUGUGGACCGACCCAGCAACACCAUCCGGGGCAUGACCCACGUCCAGGGCCGAGGCACCAUCAUGGAGACCGCCGAUGUCAGAAGGGUUGGAAAAGGUGUCCCAGUCUCUAGUAGGGUCUCCACUAAGAUCCAGCAGCUGCUGAACACCCUGAAGCGUCCAAAGAGACCUCCACUCAGCGAAUAUUUCAUGGAUGACCAGGAGGAGAUCGUCGAGGUUCCUCAGCCUGACCCGAGCAUCCCUCGUCCAGAGGGGAGACAGACGAUCCCGGUGAAGGGCGAACCACUGGGCGUGGUCAGCAAUUGGCCUCCGUCCCUGCAAGCCGCAUUGGCCCGCUGGGGCGCCACUCAAAGCAAGAGCCCCGCCCUCACAGCUCUUGACAUCACUGGCAAACCCCUCUAUACGCUCACCUACGGGAAACUGUGGAGUCGCAGUUUGAAGCUGGCGUACACCCUCCUCCACAAGCUGGGAGCCAAAAAUGAACAGUUGCUCAAACCUAAAGACCGGGUGGCCCUGGUGUACCCCAACAGUGACCCCGGUAUGUUCUGGGUGGCAUUUUACGGAUGUCUGCUGGCUGAACUCAUACCUGUUCCCAUUGAAGUGCCUCUCUCUCGCAAGGAUGCUGGCAGCAGUCAAGUUGGCUUCCUGUUGGGUAACUGUGGUGUGAGUCUGGCUCUCACUAGUGAAGUCUGCCUGAAGGGUCUGCCCAAAACCCCCACAGGGGAGAUCCUACAGUUCAAAGGUUGGCCUCCACUGAAGUGGGUAGUGACUGACCCCAAGUAUCUCACCAAGCCCUCAAAGGACUGGCAGCCUCACAUUCCCACGGCCAACACAGACCCCUCCUACAUAGAGUAUAGAGUCAGUAAGGAGGGGACCGUGAUGGGCGUGGCCAUUUCUAAGGUUGCCAUGCUGACGCAUUGCCAGGCUCUCACGCAGGCUUGCAACUACUGUGAGGGGGAAAUACUGGUCAGUGUCUUAGACUUUAAGAAAGACAUGGGAUUAUGGCAUGGUGUUCUCACAAGUGUAAUGAACCGCAUCCACACCAUCAGUGUUCCAUACUCAGUGAUGAAGGCCUGUCCACUGUCUUGGGUCCAGAGAGUCCAUAUUCAUAAAGCACGUGUUGCUGUGGUGAAGUGCCGUGACCUCCACUGGGCGAUGAUGUCCCACCGAGAGCAGAGGGACAUCAGUUUGGCCUCUCUGAGGAUGCUCAUUGUGGCCGACGGAGCUAAUCCAUGGUCUGUGUCGUCCUGUGACGCAUUUCUGAACAUAUUCCAGUCCCACGGCCUCAAGCCUGAGGUGAUCUGUCCCUGCGCCUCGUCUGCUGAGGCCAUGACCGUAGCCAUACGCAGGCCCGGAGUGCCAGGCUCCCCUCUGCCAGCUCGUGCGGUGCUGCCCCUCAGUGGCCUGAGCCAUGGGGUCAUCAGAGUCAACACGGAGGACAAGAAAACUGCGCUCACUGUACAGGACGUCGGCCACGUCAUGCCUGGAGCUCUGAUGUGUAUUGUGAAGCCGGAUGGUCCUCCUAUGCUGUGUAAAACGGAUGAAAUUGGAGAGCUGGUGGUCAACUCGAGGGCAGGUGGCACUUUGUACUACGGCUUACCUGGACUCACCAAAAACACAUUUGAGGUGAUCCCAGUAAAUGCCAGUGGAGCUCCAAUAGGGGAGAUUCCAUUUGUGCGCUCUGGGUUACUGGGUUUCGUGGGGCCGGGCAGUCUGAUAUUCGUGGUGGGGAAGACAGAGGGUCUGAUGAUGGUCAGUGGCCGUCGCCAUAAUGCCGAUGAUCUCGUGGCAACAGCAUUGGCCGUGGAGCCAAUCAAAACAGUGUAUCGCGGACGGAUAGCGGUGUUCUCUGUCGGUGUGUUCUAUGAUGAGAGGAUAGUGAUCAUAGCGGAGCAGAGGCCUGAUGCAUCUGAAGAAGACUCCUUCCAGUGGAUGAGUCGAGUGCUACAGGCCAUAGACAGCAUUCACCAGGUUGGUCUGUACUGUUUGGCCCUUGUGCCUGCGAACACCUUGCCUAAGACGCCGCUGGGUGGAAUCCACCUCUCAGACACACGCCAACUUCUCCAGGAGGGGGCACUCCACCCCUGCAACAUCCUCAUGUGCCCCCACACCUGCGUCACAAAUCUCCCCAAGCCACGCCAAAAACAACCAGUGGGUGUUGGACCUGCAUCUAUCGUGUUGGGGAACCUGGUUGCUGGGAAACGGAUUGCUCAGGCUGCAGGGAGAGAACUGGGGAUGAUGGAGGACCAGAACCUCGUAAGGAAGAUGUGUAUGUGGCCCACUAUGAUGCACCAGUUUCUUUCUGAGGCCCUGCAGUGGAGGGCCCAGACUGAUCCAGAUCACGUCCUCUAUGUGUUGCUAAAUGCUAAGGGCACUGCGGUGUGCACGGCGACAUGUCUGCAGCUCCAUAAGCGAGCGGAGAAGGUCGCCGCAGCUCUUAUUGAGAGGAGUGGAAUCAACACAGGAGAGAACAUUGUUCUGCUCUACCCUCCAGGUAUCGACCUGAUUGCUGCUUUUUAUGGAUGCCUGUAUGCUGGCUGUGUCCCUGUCACCGUGAGGCCACCGCAUCCUCAGAACCUUCCGGCAACACUACCCACCGUCAAGCUCAUCACAGAUGUGUGUAAAGCAGCUGGGAUCCUCACCACUCAGUUUCUAGUGAAGAUCCUCCGAUCUAAAGAGGCUGCUGCCACCGUCAACAUCAAAACAUGGCCCAUCAUCAUAGACACGGAUGACCUUCCACGGAAGCGACCGCCUCACCUUUACAAGCCUCCUUCGCCAGACGUCGUCGCCUAUCUGGACUUCAGUGUGUCUACGACAGGCAUGUUAACCGGAGUAAAGAUGUCACACACUGCAGUGACCACUCUCUGUCGCUCUAUUAAGCUCCAGUGUGAGCUCUACUCCUCACGCCAGAUCGCCAUCUGCCUCGACCCCUACUGCGGCAUGGGCUUUGUGCUGUGGUGUCUCGCAAGUGUGUACUCAGGGCACCAGUCGGUGCUGAUUCCCCCUGCGGAGCUGGAGCUGUCUCUGGCGCUGUGGAUGAGUGCUCUCUCCCAGAACCGCAUCCGAGACACCUUCUGCUCCUACAGCGUCAUGGAGCUCUGCACCAAGGGCCUCGGGGGGCAGACGGAGAGCUUGAAGGCGCGCGGUGUGAACCUGUCGUGCGUGCGCUCGUGUGUGGUGGUGGCCGAGGAGAGGCCUCGGCUGGUCCUCACACACUCCUUCUCCAAGCUGUUCAAGGACCUGGGCCUGUCCUCCCGCGCCGUCAGCACCACCUUCGGCUCCCGGGUCAACCAGGCCAUCUGCCUACAGGGCACCACUGGACCUGACCCCUCGACGGUGUAUGUGGACAUGAAGUCCCUUAGACACGAUAGGGUGAGGCUGGUGGAAAGGGGAGCCCCUCAGUCUCUUCCUCUAAUAGAAUCAGGCACGAUUCUUCCAGGAGUCAGAGUCAUCAUUGUGAACCCUGAAACACGAGGCCCACUUGGAGACUCUCACUUAGGAGAGAUCUGGGUGAACAGUCCUCACUCGGCUGCAGGCUACUACACCAUCUACGGGGAGGAGAACCUGCAGGCAGACCAUUUCAACGUGCGCCUCAGCUUCGGAGACCCGCACACUCAGUGGGCGCGCACAGGCUACCUGGGGUUCAUCAAGAGGACGGAGCUGACAGACUCUACAGGAGGUCCCCAUGACGCCCUGUUCGUGGUGGGAUCUCUGGACGAGACCCUGGAGCUGAGGGGUUUGAGGUAUCACCCCAUCGACAUCGAGACCAGCGUGUCACGAGCUCACCGCAGCAUCGCAGAGAGUGCGGUGUUCACCUGGACAAACCUGCUGGUGGUGGUGUCGGAGCUGUGCGGCUCGGAGCAGGACGCGCUGGACCUGGUUCCCGUAGUGACCAGCGUGGUGCUGGAGGAGCACCACCUGAUCGUGGGCGUGGUGGUGGUGGUGGACCCCGGCGUCAUCCCCAUCAACUCGCGCGGAGAGAAGCAACGCAUGCACCUGCGCGACUCCUUCCUGGCUGACCAGCUGGACCCCAUCUACGUGGCCUACAACAUGUGAGCCGACACGGGCCCCCAGCAACCAGCGGAUUACGCGCAUACACACCACCAACACACCAGGGGGCACUCUCAGCUGGACACACACAAAAACAGAGAGGAGGGUAGGGGGAUAGAGUGUGAGGCUGUCACGCACGACAAAAAUGCCCCCAGCAGAGAAAAACAAGCCCAUUAUUCUCCUCUCAGGGGAAAGAAGGAAAAGAUACUGGACAGAGCGCAAGAGAAAAGGAAAUCUUUUGGAUGGCUGAUGGUUAAUGGAUAAGAGUGGAAAGUGAGUGAAGUCUGUUUAGCGGUGUGGAAUGGGAAGGGAAAAAAGCCUGAGUGUGUGUAUAAUCAGAUUGUCCAAAUGGUAUAUAAUCCAGUGACCCUAGAAGUAAGAGUUGUAACAAAUGUCAUUUAUUUUUCCAGAAUAGGCGGAAGAGUUGAAUAUGAAUGAAAAAAGUAGUCGAUUGGGUGUAAGUGAAGUUUCUGUUAAAUAUGUAUUAAUACUCAUUUUUGCUCAAAAAUCAUGGAAGGUUACCAGUACAGCGGGGCGUUCCAGCUUUGCCCUCGACUCCAACUAUGCAUCUCUCCAGUCCAGCUGGUCUCCAAACACAAACACAGGCUGAACCGCACAGGAGAAAUACAACUGGGGUUUAGGGUUGCUCAGUUACUCUGGGUAGUUACGUCAGGUUUGGGGUGAAUUUGCCAAAUUACCACAAUGCCAAUUUAGCUUUCAUCACAAGUGUGUUUGCAUUCAUGGGUUUUCUCUUGUUUUGUAAACUAUACAGUUGAGUUGUCCAAGUUACGGUGUAGACAUCCUUCUGUGGGUUUGUUAGGGACCUGUACAUUAUUGCGUGUUCUCUGCUGUGGCUGGUGUUCCAAAUAAUGUUAGUGAAGAAUUAUGUUAACCCAAUGUAGUGCUGGAAGAGAAUCUGACUUUGAUGUAGUAUAUGAGGAGUACUGAGGAGUAUUUAUUAACCAAAAGAGUCCAGAUGUUUUUACCCUUUCCACUCACAGCCUCGCAGAUCACACCUCGAUAAUGUGAAGGCCCUGCUCUGAUAUUGCUCUUGGGAUUGAACAUCAGCAAUCACUGUUUACAAAUUUCUCAGUCUGCGUGGACGCAACAGCAGACUGACUGAAGUUAAUUCAGGUACUCAUUCCUCCACACCUUGCCCAGUCCGCACUCCUGCUGGUACUUCUAGGCUACAGGUGUUAAGAGUUCACUAGUGGUGCAGGUGAAGGCUUUCCUUAAGGCGGGAUCACAUUGACCAUCAGCAAGUGGCAGGUUUCCUAUUGUUCUCUAUGGUUCAGCAGCGGAACGGUGGCAGCACUGGCGUAACGCUAGCGUUGAACAAGCUGAGCGUUGAACUUGGUUCAUCUUCCAAAGUGCAACACGAAUGUAUUGCAUUGUCAGUUAAGGCAAACCAUUUGUGUUACCAUAGGAACGAGAUAGAACUUAUUAUGGUCUGAGCAUUGCCUUACGCUUGCCACUGGCCAAUGUGAUCCCCGCCUAAGGAAGCCCUAAGCUCCAUCCACAGGGAUGCACUGAUUAAACCCUUUCAUACUGGCACCAAGGGCACGGUAGGGCCUGAGACACUGGAUCAAUCUAUGCUAGCAACGCUAACGCUAUUGAUUAUAGGGUUUGAUAUGUGCAAAAGCCAUCAAUCCACAUUUGUACUUUUUAUGGUAUUUACAGCUGGCGUGAUCGCUGGUGACUUUGAACGGUCCAGUCUUGAUUUGGCACAUAUAUAUCGUGUGCUCUUGUAAAAUCCUUUUACAUGUUGUUUUUAUGGUAACAUUUAACAUCCUAGCCACAUAUUAUCUGCACUUUUCUUUUGUCUGUGAGUUUUAAAAUAUUCAGUAGUGAUGCACUGUAUUUAUAUGUAUAUGUUGUAACGAAUGUAAUUGAUCUGUACAUAUAACAGAUAUGAAGGCCCCUCACGCACACACACACAGAGAGCAAAAAUAGCAUCGGUGCAUCCCUGACACUCAUUAGCAGUAUCAUAAUCAAAAACAAUUUCUCCACAUCACAGAUUUCUGGUAUCCAACAAAAAACACUAGCCAUGUGCUAUUUCAAGUUCACUUACAAAUACAUCAACCGCAACGCUAAGAACAUCUCUUCCAUUUGUGCACAUUUAUAUUAAUCAUUUAUUUUGUCAUAUUUCUCUCCCAAGCUCAUAUACCUGUUUGAACUGUUAUGCACAAAAUAUUGUUUGAAAUAUUAGUUUAAAGCAAUACUUCUUUGUGCAUGGUCAUUGUGAAAUAUAUUUAUAGUCGUUUAGGACCAGACGUGUGUGAGUAAUAAGGUGAUUGAAAGAACUGAUUGAAGAGUGGAGAAAAAGACAUGAAUUAAACAGUAAUGUCCAGGGUAUGCA